GAGCUGCUGUCACGACCCGCAGCAGCAGCAGCAGCAGCUAGCGGAGAUAACGGCUAAGCUAACGGCUAAGCUAAACUAAAGCGGAGCAGUCAUGAAGGCGCUGCGGGGAAUGGUGAGCGGAGCCGUGAGCGAGAUUUCCUCGGCUGUAAGCGGACACAGACCCGCCGCGGCCCGGGAGCACGCCCUGGCGGUCACCCGGGACUACAUCUCCCAGCCCAGGCUCACGUAUAAAACUGUGUCUGGUGUCAACGGCCCCCUGGUGAUUUUGGACCAAGUGAAGUUUCCCAGGUACGCUGAGAUCGUCCACCUCACCCUUCCUGAUGGAACUCAGCGCAGUGGGCAGGUGCUGGAGGUCACCGGCUCAAAAGCUGUUGUCCAGGUAUUUGAGGGAACAUCAGGAAUCGAUGCCAAGAAGACGAGCUGUGAAUUUACCGGAGACAUUCUGCGCACUCCAGUAUCAGAGGACAUGCUGGGCCGUGUUUUCAACGGAUCAGGAAAGCCGAUCGACCGAGGCCCCACUGUCUUGGCGGAGGAUUAUUUAGACAUUAUGGGCCAGCCCAUCAACCCACAGUGUCGUAUCUACCCAGAGGAGAUGAUCCAGACCGGCAUCUCCGCCAUCGAUGGCAUGAACAGCAUCGCCAGAGGCCAGAAAAUACCCAUUUUCUCUGCAGCUGGUCUCCCACAUAACGAGAUUGCUGCACAGAUCUGUAGGCAGGCUGGUUUGGUAAAGAAGUCUAAAGAUGUGAUGGACUACAGUGAGGAAAACUUCGCCAUUGUUUUCGCUGCCAUGGGGGUCAACAUGGAGACAGCUCGAUUUUUCAAGUCUGACUUUGAGGAGAACGGCUCCAUGGACAAUGUCUGCCUGUUUCUGAAUCUUGCCAACGAUCCAACAAUUGAGCGUAUCAUCACUCCCCGCUUGGCGCUGACUGCUGCUGAGUUCUUGGCCUAUCAGUGUGAGAAGCAUGUCCUGGUGAUCCUGACGGACAUGAGCUCCUACGCUGAGGCUCUGCGAGAGGUGUCAGCCGCCAGAGAGGAGGUGCCAGGCCGACGAGGUUUCCCCGGGUACAUGUACACUGACCUGGCUACUAUCUAUGAGCGAGCCGGGCGCGUGGAGGGACGCAACGGAUCCAUCACUCAGAUCCCCAUUCUCACCAUGCCUAACGACGAUAUUACACAUCCUAUUCCUGAUUUGACUGGAUACAUCACAGAGGGACAGAUCUAUGUGGACAGACAGCUUCACAACAGACAGAUUUAUCCUCCAAUCAACGUGCUUCCCUCUUUGUCUCGAUUGAUGAAAUCCGCUAUUGGAGAGGGGAUGACGCGCAAGGACCACUCAGAUGUGUCCAAUCAGCUGUACGCAUGCUACGCUAUCGGGAAGGACGUGCAGGCAAUGAAGGCCGUGGUGGGAGAAGAGGCUCUAACUCCUGAUGAUCUGCUGUACCUGGAGUUCCUGCAGAAGUUUGAGAAGAACUUCAUCUCUCAGGGUGCGUACGAAAACCGGACUGUGUACGAAACCCUCGAUAUCGGCUGGCAGCUGAUGAGAAUCUUCCCCAAGGAGAUGCUGAAGAGGAUCCCUCAGAGCACACUGGCAGAGUUCUACCCCCGAGACUCCAAACACUGAGCUUCCAUACUUUCAUUCUUCUAGCUAUCUAUCUAUCUAUCUAUAUUCUCUCUAUCUGUAUUCUCUCUAUCUGUAUUAUUUCUAUCUCUAUAUUGUCUCUAUCUAUAUUCUCUCUCUGUUAUCUUUCUCUUCUUGAUGUUGUGUACCCUGCAUCAACUCUGCCUUCCAACAUCUCUCUCUCGUACAAACACACACACACACUCUGGAUGUCUUAUCUUAUCGUUCUGAUCUCUGAUUGGGAGUCUGAGCGUCGUACUUCAUGCUUUUUCCCUGCUGCUUUCUGCUCUCUGAUCUUCUUGUUCUGUAAAUUUGUUGUGAAUAUCGUCGCUGUUCUGAGAUCUGUGCUGCUGCGUAACGUGUGGGAACAUAAAAACACACAAAUAGUCUAUAAUGGAAACUUUAUUAGUCCUUUAGUGGACAGAAUGGUUUGCGCCACCAUUGGUUAAUAACACACUUUUCAGUAUCACAACUGGAGAUCACCACUACAGUGCUGCAGUUAUUGUUAAAGGUCAUUUAAUAAAAAAAAUAUAUAUAUGGUGGGUUUGGUGUGAGAUGUUUCAGUCCAGAGAAAUGGUGAAUGUUGAUUAGAAGCAGAGGUCCUUUUAUUUUAUUGUAUUUAUUUAUUUAUUUAUUUUUUCAUUUAUAUAUUAGAAAAGCCUUUUCCAUGUAUUUAGUGUCAAAAAUGUAAAGUGAUUAUCCAUUAAUUUUAUACCAGUUUUAUGUGAAAUAUUCAUUAUGUUAAAACAGCAGUAAAUAGUGUUUACUUCAUAUUCUAUUUUGCCUUAUAUAUAUAUAUAUAUAUAUAUAUAUAUAUAUAUAUAUAUAUAUAUAUAUAUAUAUAUAUAUAUAUAUAUAUAAUCAGCCAAUAGAUAAUAUACUAAUAAUAUUAAUAAUAUUAAUAGUAUUUAUUUAAAGAAUAUAUUAAAAUAUAUAGACAAUGUUGUCAGCAUACAUGUGCACAUUAUAUAGAACCUUCUUUUAAAAACUAUUGUUAGCUGCCAAUUAUUAUUAUUAUGUAUUUUUACAAUGUAGCUAUUUUAAAUUUUAUAAUUUUGACAAUACUUUCUCUUAGAGUGGAGCAUUUCACACCACCUUUUGCCUACGUUGGAAAAAAACAAUUUAUAAUUAUGCAGAUUUUAUUUAUUUAUUUUUUAUUUUUUGGUGGAUCUCCCAUUUAAAGCUGGUUGGGUGACAUAAUUAUGGAAUAUAAAUAAUCGUUAAUCUUUAAGUGAAUCUGUUACGAGUGUAAGAACUGCGGCCUGACUUGUGUUACCAAACACACACACACACACGCGCGGUGUGGUGUGUAUGAUGUUGCUGUACGCUUGUAGAAAAGCCAUAUGUACCAGUAAUACUUGCACAUGGUGGCGCUGUAUACUUCAUCUUAAAACUGAGCAAUAUUGGUUCAAUAUUGGUUAUUUUACAGUAUUCUAUUGUUUAUUAAUAUUAUUAUUAAUACUAUGGUUUGUAACACUAACACAUUUUUUUUUUAUUUGUACGCCUUUGUUUUACUCAUCAGGCCUUGUUCUGUAAGAUGAUUGGUUGGAAAUUGUUGUUAAAUAUUGUCUGAAAGCUGAGAAAAUAUUUUCUGAGAGUGUUUAAUUGCUUUACACAUAAAACGCAAGAAUGUUUUUUUUUUACUUCUGUUAUUUGAAAUUGUUUGUAUUUAUCUGUAUUUAUUCAUUUGUGUUAUAAAUAUGUUUUUGUAUUUAUUGAUUGAUUUAUAAAACUUGUGCCAUGGUUUCAGUGCGCUGCUUACCUCCGCCCUUCUUAAGUCAAUGUGUGCCACAGUGAAAUAUGUAAUACCUCAUGCGAAUUUCAUAUAAAUGAAUGUUUUUUUUUUUGUUGUUGAAUGCAUGACAAUAUUGUGAAUCGUUUGUAAUUUGUCCGAUCUGUGGAAUAAACUCUAAAUGAUCUCAA